AUGUUCAGACAGCCACUCCCUCCGCAACUGCCCAGUGUUCCUAGGAAAGGAUGUCCGCCAGCGCCGAGAGCUGGUUUCGCAAAAACGGUUGUGUUGGAACUGUCUGAGCUUCGGUCACCCAGCCAGGAAGUGUGUAUCGAAGUUUACGUGUCGGUGUCGUCGAGUCCUGCCAUUACGGGAUCAUCACAACAAUCUCCACCGGUUCAACAGCCGCAUUCGUCCAGUUCGGGUACUGCUCCACCGCAGGUCAGCAUGGCGGUCCAAACCGCAUGCAGUAUGGUUCUACUGGAAACGGUUGUUCUCAACGUUGUUGAUGAUCAUGGCAGGGAACACAAGGCUCGUGCUCUACUCGACUCGGCGUCAAUGUCCAAUUUCAUCUCCGGUCAGUUAGCGAAGGUUCUCCUCAGCCGUCGCACCAAGGUGGACAUUUCGGUCGCAGGAAUCGGUCUCUCAACGCAAAGGGUGAAAAAUGCCAUCACCGCCUCCAUUGAAUCGAGAACUCAGCCAUUCUCCACUAAGCUCGAGUUUCUCAUUCUGAAGCAACCAUCCGCAGAGCUGCUGACCAUGCCGGUCGAUACGUCGGCGUGGAAAUUCCCGCAGGUUGGAUUAGCAGAUCCACAGUUCCACGUCACAGGAAGGAUUGACCUCGUCAUCGGAAGUGAGGCCUUCUGGGAACUUCACACCGGUAGGAAGAUCUCGUUCGGAAACGGUCUUCCGUGGGUAGUCGAAACACCAUUCGGAUGGGCGGUCUCUGGUUCCGCGUCCAAUGGAUCUACCUGCAUUCCCCGGAUCUGCAAUCUCUCCAUUACCAAUGAAGAUUUGGAAGCCGCGCUUCAGAAGUUUUGGGAGUUAGAAGCGAUUUCCACUGGGUUUGCACACUCACCCGAAGAAAAUCGCUGUGAAGAGUUAUACUCCAGUACAGUCAAGCCUGAUUCGACUGGAAGGUACGUCGUACGUCUUCCUCACAAUGAAGAUCCAGAAGUCUUCCUGGGGGCCUCCAGAGCCAUCGCAGAACGCCGUUUUCACAGCCUGGAGCGCCGUUUGCAACGAGAUCCUGCAAUCAAGGAAUCGUAUCAUCGCUUCAUGGACGAGUACCUACAGCUCGGUCACAUGAGAAGGCUGGACGAGCCUGUAGAUGACGUGAAGGCUCACUGUUAUCUCCCACAUCAUCCCGUGUUCAAGGAGUCGAGCACUACUACAAAGGUUAGGGUCGUUUUCGACGCGUCCUGCAAGACGGCGUCAGGAUAUUCGCUGAACGACACGCUGUUGGUCGGACCCGUAGUUCAGCAAGAUCUACUCUCCAUCGUGAUGAGAUUUCGGACACAUCACGUCGCUCUUGUUGCGGACAUCGAGAAGAUGUACCGGCAAGUAUUAGUGCAUCCUGAAGAUCAGCCGUUUCAGCGAAUUCUUUGGCGCACGGGCCCUGAUGAACCCAUCACUACGUACGAACUGCAGACAGUAACGUACGGAACAGCGAGCGCUCCGUAUUUAGCAACGCGUACUCUGCAGCAGAUUGCACAGGAUACCAAGCAGUCGUAUCCAAUCGCGAGUGGACCAGUUACGGAAGACUUCUACGUCGACGAUUUUCUUUCUGGGGCGCCGGACGUAGAAUCCGCCAUCAAGCUGCGUCGUGAGGCAUCGGCAAUGCUAGCUUCCGCUGGAUUACCGCUCAAGAAAUGGGCAUCGAAUUCUCCUGAAGUUCUUGGGGAUGUACCACCUGAUGAUGUGGCAAUUCAGCCGUUCCACAAUCUUCAGGAUGACCAGGCCGUCUCCACGCUCGGCCUCAUUUGGGAACCAAAGUUGGACAUACUCCGGUUCAAGGUUCAGUUGCCGUUAGCCGCAUCUGUACUGACGAAACGCAAGGUGAUGUCGUACAUCGCCCAAAUCUUCGACCCUCUUGGACUUGUGGGUCCAACGAUCACCAAGGCCAAACUCUUCAUGCAGCGACUUUGGGCUCUGAAGCAGAAUGGCGAAGCAUGUGAAUGGGACACGCCGCUCCCGUUUACACUCCAAGAAGAAUGGAAACUGUUCCAUAACACACUACACCUGUUGAGUGAAGUUCGCGUACCCCGCUUCAUUUCGAUGCCCGACGCCGUCAGCAUCCAGCUUCACUUCUUCUGCGAUGCGUCUGAGCGCGCAUAUGGGACAUGCUGUUACGUCCGAACCGAAGCACACGGCACAGUUUCGGUCCAGUUGUUGGCGUCCAAGUCCAAGGUAGCUCCGCUUUCUACUCGCCAGACAAUCGCCAGACUGGAACUCUGCGCCGCACAUUUGUUGACCCAGCUGUACAAGAAGCUGAACGCGACGCUGAAGCUUCCUGCGACUAUGCAUUUCUGGACAGAUUCCACUACUGUCCUCCAAUGGCUUCGCGGGAACCCGAGUCGUUGGAAGACUUUCGUCGCAAACCGAGUCUCGCAGAUACAGCUUUCAACCGAUCUCAACCGAUGGAAGCAUGUUCCUGGAGUCGACAAUCCUGCUGACGACAUAUCCCGAGGAUUGAGUCCUACCGACAUCCUCAACAGUGCACGAUGGUGGAUUGGGACACCGUGGCUAUCAAGGUCUCCGGAUUUUUGGCCAAAUCCAACGUUACAGUUACAGACAGCGUUCAUUCAGCGUUAUCUGCACCUGCUUCGUGAACGAGUAUCGCAACGUCGUUCGGAAAAGGAGAAGUACAAGCCACUCGUCAUCCCGAGCAUUAACCCGCACCCAGUCCAUCCGCUUACCGUACAAGAACUCCAACACGCCGAACUUUCGCUCUGUCAUCUCGCGCAGGGUGAACUUUUCGCUGAGGAGAUUUCCGAUCUCGCUAGUGGCGAACGUGUAGCAAGAUUUUCCACGCUGAAGUGGUUGAACCCGUUCGUCGAUCCCGAAGGCACCGUACGUGUCGGUGGCCGGCUUCGCAAUGCCGCGCUGACCGAUGCGAAGAAACACCCGAUCGUCCUCUCUGCCAAGCAUCCGCUCGCUGUUAUGUUGGCUAGUUUUUAUCAUUUGAAGCUACUGCACGCAGGCCCUCAACUCCUGCUAGCCACUCUCCGCCACAAGUUUUGGAUUCUGGGCGGCAGAAAUCUUGUGAAAUCCGUCUUUCACCGUUGCCACACUUGCUUUCGUAGCAAGCCCACACUAGUCCAGCAGAGCACAGCAGAUCUUCCGGCAUCGAGAGUAUCUCCAACCCGACCGUUUUCCGUCUGCGGAGUAGACUAUUGCGGACCGUUCUAUUUGAAGUCCGCCGUCCGCAACCGUGGCCCAACCAAGGUGUACGUGGCCAUAUUCGUCUGCUUCUCUACGAAGGCAGUUCACAUCGAGCUAGUGAGCGACCUGUCUACUCCAGCGUUCCUAGCUGCACUCCGUCGUCUGGUCGCCCGCAGAGGAAAGGUGGUAGAGUUGCACUCUGACAACGCUACCGCUUUCAAAGGUGCAUCGAAUGAACUGAACCGCAUCUACCGCAUGCUGAAGGUCGAUGAGUCGGAUCGGAAUCAGAUCUUCGACUGGUGCUCCGACAACGAAAUUCGCUGGAAGUUCAUCCCACCUCGAGCACCACACUUUGGCGGUCUUUGGGAGGCUGCAGCGAAGUCAGCGAAGACACACCUGUUGAAGGCAAUCGGCAACGUGAACGUUGCGUACGAGGACAUGCUCACACUGCUGGCGCAGAUAGAGAUGUGCCUCAAUUCUCGUCCGCUGACUCCAAUGCCGGACGUUCCGUCCGAUCUCGAGGUCCUUACGCCAGGACAUUUUCUCGUCGGGAGCAAUCUCCAAGCUGUUCCGGAAGCUGAUCUGAAGGAGACUCCUGACAACCACUUGGACCACUGGGAAUUAACUCAAAAACGGUUCCAAACUAUUUGGUCUCGCUGGCACCCGGAAUACCUGCAACAGCUGCAGUCUCGUGCUACGAAAGGCUGCAACCCGCCUGUCUCCGUCGACGUUGGCAGAGUCGUCAUCGUGAAGGAAGACAACAUCCCGCCAACCAGUUGGCCUCUCGGCCGAAUUAUCAGAUGUCAUCCCGGAGCCGAUGGCAUCGUCCGUGUAGUCACUCUACGAACCGCUGCAGCCAAGGAGGUUGUGCGUCCUGUGGCCAGAAUCGCUCUACUACUGACACCACCGGAAACUCAACGAGCCGACUGA